GUGUCGGCUACAUCGGUUCGGUUGGUUUUCGUCACAUACCACGUCACAUCCCAACGGCACUCUCACCCUUUCACGGUAAUACCGUGCCCACCCCUGAUCACGUCACGCGAGAUUCGUCGCGGUGCAUCGACCAGGGUCGACGUCAACGGUGCAGUGCGAGAGAGGGUGGUAGUUUGCUGCGACUAGGGAUAGCCUGACGAGGGAAGAAACGCGGGGGUGGCCGCUUCGCUCUUGGCCCAAUCCCACUACCACCUUUCUCUCGGAUUUUUCGGUGCACCUCGGGGAUAGUUGUGUUGAGGGGUUGCUACUAGCGAGAGAGUACGUCCGACUGGGGCAAUUCGACAAAACUUAAAUUACUUUGGCGCAUCCGAUAAAUCGGCGUUAUCGGGAAACGAUUUUCCCAACACGGCAAAGUUUGAAGAAAUACGCCGAACGGAGUGCCGGCGCGGGUCGCCGGGAGGGUGGUGAAGAGGCAGUGGAGCCCCUCGCAGAGCUAUGUGCAAAAGGAAUCCCGUAGUGCUUGAUCAGUUACGAUGAGGGAACGAUGAACGCGCGCGACUGUUGUAGUAUAGUGUUGUGCCGAUGACCGCGGGGAUCAUCGUUCAGUGAUCAGAAAAGUGUGAAUUUAAUGGAGUAAUCAAAGAUAGUCCUGAUUUGUUUCUAUCUACAAGUGUAUCUAUCUAGAACCCGUGGGAAAUUAGCUGUUGAUUAGUAGUGCGAUUUUAAUCUAACUAGGUUGAAUUGAAAAUUGAACAUUUUUGUUAACUCAGCAAAAAUACCGUCGCAUCCUCUGGAAGAUUUGCAUUUUCCACUAAAGAAGUACUGAAAGGCUUGAAUAUAAGAAUGACGCAUUUCUUGAAUACAACAAGCACAAAGCUGUCUGAAUGCUUUUUUAUUAACAACGGUGUGCGUGUCUUUGUGCGUAUCUCUUUAAACGUCAAAUAAGCUGAAGCAACUAAUGGAUUUUCAAUUUCAUCUAUCGAUUGCAAAGGAAAUCUAAAGUUUUUUAAGGUACACAAUAGUUUCACGUCGCGUCUUGCUUUUUUCAAGAAUUGAGAACUGGAGCAACGUCCAUUCCUUUAUCCAGAUGGAGAUGUUUUUCAGCAAAUUAGCUUUAAAAGAGAAAAUCUAUUUGCUGAAAAAUUACAUCAGUGAAUAUUCCAUUUGAUCGAGAAAUUAGUUCGAUGAAUCACGAGAUGAGAGUUAGAUGUGACGCUUGUUAGUUUCGAUCCGUCCAAAAAAAUCUUGAGUGAGAGAUCUUGGAAAAUCAUUUUCCUUAUAAUCUCUUCUUUUUUCUUACCAAGAUGAAACGAAUGGGUAAAUAUUCGAAAGACGGCUUGCUUUUGAGCGUGAUUAGAGCCGGUGCAUUCUAUCUCUUUCGAUACAUUAAGCACGCCAUUAGAAACGAGAUCGUCUUUGUGUGAAAGAUAAAACUUGUAUGUAUGAGCCACUUUUAUAUCCAUAAACGUGGGUGAGAAACGGAGAAACGUCAAAAAACGAGAUUACCUUCAUAGACUGCGAGAAGACUGUUCAGUUUCUAACCGGAAGUUCCACUCUGGAUGUUCCAUUGCAAUCUAUCGCGGAAAAGUGUAAAGUUACCUCUUCAACAGUGUAUAAAUAAGUAGUUUACUAAUUGUUUUCACUAGACGUCCAAUGGUAAACUUAUGACGAUUUUUCCUACCUGUACAAAAUUUCUAUCGUUCAGUAAAACAACAAAACGAAGCAGUGAAUCCGAAGACCAUUAAAACUUAUAAUUUGUAAUGCGAAGCUGAUAAUUAAAUUUAAAACGAUGAUUUAUAAAGAAGAAGAUAUACUGAUCUUUGCCACCAUAUCGGCGAAAUGUUUGAAUAUUUUUCUCCAACAUUUCUAGCCGAAUACAUAAUUAAAUGUAUAACUAAAAAUAUCUAAUACAAGACGAACACAAUCUCUACAAUUUUCUUAAAAAGAUUUAUUCAUGAUAUUUUCCACAUUAUAAAUCCGCAGUCUUCCUUAAGUUAAUUGUAUCAAAAUAAACAGUCAAAGGUGAUUUGCAAUCGUUUCUUUUCCUAAAUUAAAAGAAAAUGUAAUCCAAGAUUGUUAUAAUAUAUCAAGAUUAACGUAUUAAAAGAAUUGAAAAACCUAUUUCAUCAGUGCUUUGUAUGCAUUAUUAGAGCUCAAGAAGAUCUCAUUCAAGACAAUAGUCUGUUUUAGAAUCACCAAGUAGAAUUAAGAUCAUGAUCUUUCUAGGCUGAGCUAUCGAAAACGCUAUUGAAAAAUAACAGCAACGUUUUAUUUUCGAUUAAGAUCAUCUCAAGUACAUUGUUUGAGCCAAGCGAAAUAGCCUAACAGCUAUCGAAUUGUUUUUUUUGUUUUUUUUUUUUUUACUUUGAAGAAGACUGAUGUAUCCAGGAGGUGGACAAGCUUUUGAAAAUCGCGAGAUGGAUCAGUUUACGUACAUUCGCAUUUCCGGUGGCGGUUAAGACGAAAGUCACGGAGGGCGGUAUGAGAGGCGUCGGAAAAACGGCAAAAAAGUGAUCGGCGGAGGUGACGCCGAAGCAGGAGGUGACGCCGAAGACGUCGGUGAUCGCGAAAGAUGACGUCGCCGAUCCUGGCGCUGCUCGCCUUGAUCCUGGCGACCGCCGGUGCCGAGCUGAGCUCGAGGAUCGUCAGGACUAAGUACGGCGAGCUGUCGGGCGUAAUCGUUACCCUCGAUCGAUAUCUCGAAGGUGUCGAGGUAUUUCGCGGUGUACCCUAUGCCUCGCCGCCGAUCGGCUCGUUACGCUUCAUGCCGCCCGUCAGUGGUGCCCUUUGGCACGGUGUGAAGGUCGCCGACAAGUUCGGACCCGUUUGUCCCCAAAAGCUGCCCGAGCUCAGCGAUAAGAUGCCCAAGGGCAGGGUAGAGUAUCUCAAGAGGCUGCUGCCCUACCUCAAGAACCAGAGUGAGGAUUGCUUAUACCUCAACAUUUACGCGCCGGUUCAAGCCGGCGCGAGGGACGGCGGCGGCAGAAGAUAUCCUGUGAUUGUGUUUGUGCACGGUGAGAGCUACGAAUGGAGCAGUGGAAAUCCUUACGACGGCAGCGUCCUGGCGAGCUACGGUGGUGUCGUCGUCGUCACCAUCAACUAUAGACUCGGAAUUCUGGGCUUUCUAAACGCCAACACAGACUCGCACUUACGCUCGCCGGCGAAUUACGGUCUGAUGGACCAGAUCGCAGCGUUACAUUGGGUGCAAGAGAACAUCGCUUAUUUCGGGGGUGAUCCCAAAAACGUCACGCUGGUAGGACAUGGCACGGGCGCCGCCUGCGUGAACUUUCUGAUGACCAGCCAUGCAGUUCCUGAUGGUCUGCUGUUCCAUCGAAGCGUUCUGAUGUCGGGCAGCGCGCUUUCACCCUGGGCGUUGGUGAGAGGCGCCGCCAAUUACGCCAUGCAGGUCGCCAAACACCUAAAUUGUUCGUCGGUAGCGGAAGAUCCUCAGGCUCUGUUAAAGUGUCUGAGAGAUGUGUCCUUGAGCGAAUUGGUGUCGGUACCUGUUAAAGGACUCGAAUUCGCGCCAGCCUUUGGUCCUAGUAUAGACGGCGUCGUAAUCGAUCCUGGCGAUCCCGAGGAUCAGGACUACACCCUACAAGUAGACACGAUCAAUACGCUCAACAACAUCCUCCUGAGGAAGGACGUCGUGGCGAAACUGUCGAGGUAUGACUUGAUGGUGGGGGUUGUUCGCUCAGAGGCGUAUUUUUCGUUAACCGCCGACGAUGCUCAGUAUGGGAUCGAGGCCGACAGAAGAACAAAAAUUCUGCGGGAAUUCGUGCGAAACACAUACACGUAUCACCAACCAGAAAUCCUAGCAACUAUAAUAAAUGAGUAUACGGACUGGGAGCGACCUGUGCAACAUCCCGUCAAUAUUAGGGACGAGACUCUGGAAGCCCUGGGGGACGCGAAUACAGUCGCUCCGGCGACAAGAACAGCGGAUCUUCACAGCCAAUCCCAUAGGAAUUCCUAUCUAUAUGUCUUCGACUAUCAAACGAAAUUCGGAGACUAUCCUCAGAGACCGGGAUGCAUUCAUGGGGAGGAGUUGCCAUAUUUUUUCGGAGCGCCCUUGGUUGGAGGCUUAUCCCAUUGGCCAAAGAACUAUACGAGAGCUGAGACAGCACUCUCCGAAAGCGUGAUACUUUAUCUGACAAACUUUGCACGCACCGGAAAUCCAAAUGAGGGCACUCCUGAUCCCGGACCCCUCGGUUCCAGGCCGGAAAGGACCAAGUUUAAAAAUAUCGACUGGACCGCUUAUGAAGCCGUCCACAAAAAAUAUCUUAGUAUAGAACUUAAAUCGAAACUGAAGAAUCACUAUAGAGCUCAUCGUCUUUCUUUUUGGCUGAAUCUGGUGCCCGAUCUUCAUAAGCCUGGCUCGGAUGAUGUUCCUAGAUCGCAUCAUCUUCUUGACGCCGAACAGGUGCCACCCAGAUUUAUUCAAAGGCUACCAACUACCGCGAGAACGACCACUUUGGAAGUAACUUCUAUCGAGAAAACCUUGUCCAACAUGUCAACAGCCAUACCCAGUGAUAGUACCUUCGAGGAUCCUACGGCGCAGCCUGAGGAUGGUUUCGCGGCGUAUUCCACCGCCUUGAGUGUGACAAUCGCGAUCGGUUGCAGCUUGCUGAUCCUAAAUGUCCUCAUUUUCGCCGGAGUGUAUUAUCAGCGCGACAAGAGUAAUCAUCAGCACCAGGGCUGCUCGAAGAAGCGUCAGGAGAACGGCCAGAUGCCGAACAACAUUUGCGGCGAACUGGAGACCAAGACCGCCGAGCGACAUCACAUUCAGCACAUACCGCCGCCGGAGUUCGCCGAUCUCCAGAACAAUACCUGUCACGUGCCUAUGCCGCCCCCGCCACCAAAGAACACGAAGCCUGGCAAGCCUGGCCAAAACCUUAUCAUUAGUCCGAACCAGCUCCAACAAGAAAGCUUGGCCAUGAGCGGCACCGGGACCUUGAAAAAGGGACACAAUCAUCCUCAGGUCAUGGAGGAGCUGAGGGUCUGACUUUAGGAGACCACGCGGCCAUCGAACUAACACAGCCGCGAGAAUAUUGGAAUUCUUAAAUAAAAGUCAGACGAACGUCAGGGAAUCACUUUGAAAUGGAGUUCUCCAUUAUCAGCCUGACUAUGGAUCAAUCAGGACGGUGAAAAAGGAACACAAUCAUUACCAGAUCAUAAAAAAGCUGACAGUCGGACUUUAGCGGAUAUCGAAACUUUUAAAUUAAAUUCCUAAAAUCGUCGAGUGUCAAGAAACCUCUCUCAAGAUGAUAUCCCUCAUCAUCGGUUUGGCUACGACGCCAAAUUCCUGAAGACGUAAAGAAGUUUAAAAGAGACGAAAUCUAAAGUUAAACAGAAAAAUGUUUUCCAGUGAUACUCGACGGUAAAGGAGGGACAAUUCUUCAAAGUUUUUCCAAAUCGAUCGUGAUAUUGUCGAUAGAUAGGAAGUGAUAAAGGAUGAAAAGUGAAUGAAGGACUUUCAUUGUUACGUGAGAAGUAUGUAUUAGUGCAGGGGUAUAAUUGGGAUUUUAAGUCCAGAAACCAAGGUUUUCUGCAGGUCUUUAUAUAAAGCCGAAAAAGGAAAACGGAGUCCGAUUGUUCGAGCAAAGCAGUAUUGCUUCUGUUCGCCAUGCCCUUGUGUUAGUAGCAACACCAUACUGUUAUCGUUUUCUACCUUUCGAAUUUGCGACCAACUGCCGAAAAUCAUAGUCUUCGAUGGAUAGACAAAUCUAUCGUUAAGUAGAAUUCCUCAUCUCCAAAAAAA